AUGAGUUGGCGGGACACCUUUGGAUUUUUUCGGCGCGCGUCAUCUUACGGUCAUGAUGUGCCAGCUGCACCGCCCCAAGUGAGCGACAGUGAUUACUCGUAUCUAACGAGUGACGAUAUCGUUGAACCUCCUCGAUCUUAUCAACAAUCUCACCAUGACGGACGACGAGUAGUACGAAGGGACGCUAAUCGUUUAGAAGACGAGUCGCCGGAUAUUUUACUACUCAAACAUCGAGGGGUGACUUAUCCUCUACAUUUCACACCAUUUGCUAUUGACGACGGCGAUCUCACUAUUGGAGAGAUUCGACGUCUCGCAGCCGAGAAGACAGGAACAGCCGAUGUGAAACGAAUCAGAAUACUCUACAAGGGUAAAUUGUUACGAGAUGAUGCAAAACCAUGCAAGGACGAAGGUCUCCGACAAAACUCGGAAGUCAUGUGCGUCGUGUCCGAGGUACGGCCCGGUGAAAGUAACAGCAGUUUUUCCGGCAGCGAAGGAGGGAGUCGGAGCGAAGCUUUGAGCCUGGAUAGCCGUAGCAAUCAAAGCCCGCCGUCGGGUGGCGGGGGUAAAAAGAAGAAGGGCAACAAGAAGGGAAAGAAGAAGCAGCAGCAUCUCGCACCCGAACCGACAAUUGCUGAGACCAGACCGCCGCCCUCAAAGGAUAAUCUCGCUCCCCCGUCAGAUAUACGCCCUUCAUCAGCUGGGCGUUCCUCGGCGGCGCCCCCGCCAGCCCCAAGUCUACAGCAAUUCGCCACCCCGAACGAAAGAGUAGAUGCGCUACUUCGAUAUCUACGCACAGAGCUGGCACCGUUGUGUGAAAAGCACUUUUCGUAUCCACCUACGGAUCCUAAGGCGCGCAGCUAUGAACAUAAACUCCUCAACGAAACGAUCUUGUCUCAAGUCAUUCUCAAAGCGGACAGUAUCGAUUCCGAGGAUGCUCGACCGGCUCGUCGAGCGCUGAUAAAAGAGGCACAGGGGCUGUUAAACAAGCUAGAUGCGCUUGCACCUCAGAGCUCAUAA